ACGUAUAGGAAAAAGCAGACACGUGCCCUGUUUCAAAUCCUUUUGCUAUUGUUCAAAUACGAUGAGAGCAUCAUAUUACCUUCCGUCGAAGUAUCGGUGCCACUGCAAUCAACAAGAAUCGAGAAAACUUUUUUCCCACUUUAUGAGAGAACUGUAAUAAAACAAAAAAAGAGUAUGGCUGAAAACGGGCAAAUGAUGGAUAUUGUAAAUCCCCAGCAAGUGAGCAGAAGGACGUUGAUUCUGGCAACACUGGCUGGAAUAGCAGUAGAAGGCCCACUUUUGGGGAUGAUGGGUUUCAGCUUUCUGACUUCUUUGAUAAUUCUGGUCGUAACUUCUCCGCUGCUCUUGAUAUUUAGUCCUCUGUUGUUUGGUGCUGCUUGUGUUUUCGCAUUCGCCAUCGCAGGCUUUGGGGUGGCUGGGACUAUAGCUUUUGCAGGAUUGUCUUCGUUUGUUCUGGUUUAUCGUUCACUAAUUAAAGGCGUAAGAAAAACGGGCAUAGACUACGGCGAUACUGAUAACCCGGCGGUCACUGUGGAUAAAAUGAUUCAGCCGGACGAGACUGUAGCGAAGGAGCAGCAGCAGCUGGACGCAGAAGUGGCAGGUAAUGUGGACAGAAUUGAGACAGUGAAGGAGCAGCAAGAGGACACUUCAGUGCCAGUUACUAGAAUUGUUGAGUUGUUUGAGUCUUUAAAGGAGCAUCCCCAUGACUCUACUACUGCUGUGGAGGAGCAUAGGCCGGAAAGCCCCGGCUAUUUGCAGCAAAAUGUGCAGCGCGAGAUACCACUAGAGAUUUAAGAAUAUUGUAGUCAGGAAAGGAUAGUUUAUAUAUAUGCUUGUGCUACAUUUGCUUUUUACCUAGUUGCACCUAGUUCUAUGGAAUCUAUACCCCUACACAUGUACAUUUUUGGAGAAUGCUUUUCCUCUUUACUUCUACUUCUUUUGGUCUCUGUCGUAUAUACAUAAAGUGUGGGUUGUAUAGUCGGUUUGAUUCGUGGCUUGUAUGGUGCUGUUUUUCAUCCAGUUAAAAGUGCAUGGGUUUUUAUUUGUUCAA